UUGAAUACACCACCUAAAAUAGAAUUUCUCUAUUCUCAGUUCUCACGAUCAAAACCACUCAUCAUUGACUCGCCUAUCUGCUCUGCCGGACGACUCAGUUCGCCAUGGCUGACCAGCAGAGAACUCUCAAGGAUGACCCCUUCCUGCUCAAAUUUAGCCCCGAAGAGCUCCGAAUCGCCUCCGAGUUCCUCUCCAAUUGGCUCCCUUUUCUCUCCCGUGACCUCUGUCACUCCUGUACUCUCUCUCUCUCCGAUCGCGUCCGAUCCAUCCAUCCCGAAGCCAUACGAGAUGAAGAGCACGACGACAGUACGUGCCUGAAUGGGUGUAGUGGAGAUCUAGCUAACUGUGACGCCCAUUCUGUUGGAAGUUGGAAGGACGGCGCGGAUUUGAAUGAUACAGCGGAUACGAACUCGCUGGGGAGUUGGAAGGAUGGGGCAGAUGGGUCUCCAGAGCCUGUUGCCGAGGUCUCUAUGGAAUCAGGCCCGAGUGCUAGUUUGAAAGAUGCUCUACCACAAACUUCUGUUGAGGCAUCAACAAGUGACACGUUUAGCACACCCGUGUCAGUUGAUAGCCGGAAAGUGAAAAUGUCAUGGGCAGAUAUGGCUCAGGAGGAUGAGCUCGAGGCAGAGGAAGAGACCGAGUCAACUGGUUCAAGUAGGCAGUUAGGCAAUGGAGAUGGCUUUGCUGGGGAGGGAACUGCUGAGAAGAUGUCUAAGCCAAAGACUGAGCUUUCAAGGGAGCAAAGGGAGCACAUCCGGUUUAGUAAUGUUAAAAGGAAGAAGGAUUUUAUAUGUUUGGAGAGGGUCAAUGGGAAAUUUGUGAAUAUACUUGAUGGCUUGGAGCUACAUACUGGUGUUUUUAGUGCCGCAGAACAAAUUAGGAUAGUGAAUUAUGUGGAAUCACUUCAAGAGAUGGGAAAGAAAGGACAACUAAAAGGGCGUACUUAUACUGCCCCCCAGAAGUGGAUGAGGGGCAAAGGUCGUGUGACUAUCCAAUUUGGUUGUUGUUACAACUAUGCAACCGAUAAAAAUGGCAAUCCUCCAGGCAUCAUCAGAGAUGAUACCGUUGAUCCCAUACCUCAGCUUUUUAAGGUUAUGAUUAGAAGGCUUGUUAAAUGGCAUGUUAUGCCUCCAAACUGCAUUCCUGACAGCUGUAUUGUGAAUAUUUAUGAUGAGGGAGAUUGUAUACCACCGCAUAUUGACAAUCAUGAUUUUGUCCGUCCCUUUUGUACCGUGUCAUUCCUUAGUGAGUGCAAUAUAGUUUUUGGAUUAAACUUGAGCGUGGUGGGUCCUGGUGAGUUUGCAGGUGCUAUUGCAAUUCCCUUGCCAGUGGGAUCCGUUCUUGUGAUAAAUGGAAAUUCUGCUGAUGUGGCUAAACAUUGUGUUCCUUCUGUUCCUACUAAAAGGAUCUCAAUUACAUUUAGGAGAAUGGAUGAAUCUAAACGACCAGUUGGAUUUGUUCCUGAGCCUGAUUUACAGGGACUUGAGCCUCUAACCUAUGAAGUAGACCGAUCCAGGAAAUCAAAAGAUGUGUACUCAAGACGGUCUAUGAGGAAACAGGCUGUCAGGCGAGAGGAGAACACAGACAAACUAAAAGUAUCAGCAGAAAGGAGUUCAGAGCCCCGCUACUCAGGUCGACAAAGGCCCUUCAAUAGGGGAAGGAGUGAAGGUUAAGAGUGGAUUUGAAAUUUUAAGUUGUACAUCCUUAUCUAUAAACUGAUGCCAUGGAGAGGCCUCUUGGUUGUUAUUGAUCUUAUUUGGGCAAUUAUAUUACUUCGCUUUGGUGCCUUAUUUUGCAUGGUAACUGUUGGAAAUAUUCUUAAACGUGGAAGAGGAUCAUGUUUUGUCAAGUGAGAGAGGAAGGAAUGCAUAGCCUACUCGCUUAUCUGUGGCUCAAUUUAUGUGUUCUCUUCGUCUUUCGGGUUGCAGCUUGUAUGGUCCUGCCCAGCUUCUGAGAUGAGGCUUCUUUGUUGAAUAAUGCAUGCCGAGGGAAAGGAAAAUUUGAUUUAUUUGAUAGAUGGUUGUUAUUGAGUUUGCGUGAUGCUGUUCAUUGUCUUAUGUGCCUUGUAUAUUCUUUUUACAAGCUGAGCAAUUAUUUUUCAAUAUUUUCCCCCAA